AUGCCGCCUUCAAAGUGGGAUGAGGAGGAGGAGGAGGAUGUCAUUGUGCCUCCCCCCGUCGCACCCCGUCGCAGAUUCGACGACGAGGAAGAAGAGGAUGUACUCGACUCUUGGGAUGCGGCCGAGGACUCCGAGGUAGAGCGCGAGAAGGCGAAGAAGGCUGAGGAAGCUGCGGCUGCCGCCAAGGCCAAGGCCCUCGCUAACAAGAAGACCAAGGCCCAGCGAGUGGAAGAGCACCGCGAGCAACGGAGAAAGAAUGCCGAGGAUGACAGCGACUACGACGAUGAGACCGAGGCCGAGAAGCGCGAACGCCUGCGCCGCCAAGAGAUCGACGCGGAUCUUGCCCACGCCAGUGACCUCUUUGGAGAUGUCGACGUCAAGCCUAAUCGCGGUGCCCCCAAGGCUAUUGUCGUUAGCGAUACCGCUGAUCCCACCAAGUCUAUCGACUUGUCCGCCAUGCCUCUGUUCAAGCCUACCACCAAGGACCAAUUCGCUCGUCUGUCCGACACCCUCAUCCCUCUUCUCACACCGCACUCCAAGAAGGCCCACUACUCCCUUUGGGCGCAGGACUUUGCCCGCAAACUGGUGAAGGAGCUGCCUAGUGUGGAGAUCAAGAAGAUUGCUAGUGCCCUGACCACUGCCAGCAAUGAGAAGAUGCGCGAGGAGCGUGCUUCGGACAAGGGUAACAAGAAGACCAAGGCUGCUAAGACUAAGGUCUCUCUUGUUGCGCAGCGCGAUAGCCAGGUUGACAACAACUCCUACGAGGAUGAUGGCCUCGGUGACGAUGAUUUCAUGUAA